GUUAACAUGAGAAUUCCUCUGGUGCAGCAUUCUGUUUCCAACAGGCUACCAACCAGAUGGCUCGGAAAGCUCACAAGCAAGGCAUGAUGAAAUUGUUUCCCUCCAGCAUCAGCUACUUGGAGAAAUACUGCUUCUGAACAUGGAGGUUCUUCUUGGCUAUCAGAGCCCAUCACUACUGAUAAUCUGACCUCUUUGAAAUUAUCAGAUCCUUUUUUAAAGUGAAGUGUACUACAAGGACAAAUACCGAAGUUGUCCAUUUCAAAGCAUGGGACAUGGACAUGAACAGGGUCAUGGCAAAAUGGAGCUUCCUGAUUAUAAACAGUGGAAGAUAGAGGGUACUCCUCUACAGGACAUCCAGGAAAGGUUGGCUCGGCGGGGUCUCAGGGAUCCAUGGCUUCGCAAUGAAGCAUGGAGGUUUUCUGGUGGCUUUGCAAAACCUGUCACUUUCAUGGAAGUUAUCGGCAGAGGAUUCAAAUGGGGAUUUGCAGCCUUUGUGGUAGCAAUUGCAAUUGAGUAUGCAUUGUUCCCGCCAAAGAAAGAUAAUGGGCAUCACUGAAGAUCAGAAUUUCCAUUUUGGUUUAUCUUCUGAAUUAUUAAUAAUUGUAUAUUCUGGGUUUGCUUGGAAAGAAGCACAUUAAAGCUCUUCAAGAAGAAUA